GCGGCGUCCCUGGAAGUGUCCGAGAGCCCAGGCAGUGUCCAGGUGGCCCGCGGCCAGACAGCAGUCCUGCCCUGCGCCUUUUCCACCAGCGCUGCCCUCCUGAACCUCAAUGUCAUUUGGAUGGUCAUUCCCCUCUCCAAUGCCAACCAGCCCGAACAGGUCAUUCUCUAUCAGGGUGGACAAAUGUUUGAUGGCGCCCUCCGCUUCCACGGGAGGGUAGGAUUUACAGGCACCAUGCCUGCUACCAAUGUCUCCAUCUUCAUCAAUAACACCCAGCUGUCAGAUACGGGCACCUACCAGUGCUUGGUGAAUAACCUUCCAGACAGAGGGGGCAGAAACAUUGGGGUCACUGGCCUCACGGUGUUAGUCCCCCCUUCUGCUCCACACUGCCAAAUCCAAGGAUCCCAGGACAUCGGCAGUGACGUCAUCCUUCUGUGUAGUUCGGAGGAAGGCAUCCCGCGGCCCACGUACCUUUGGGAGAAGUUAGAUAACACUCUCAAGCUACCUCCAACAGCCACUCAGGACCAGGUCCAGGGAACAGUCACCAUCCGGAAUAUCAGUGCCCUCUCUUCCGGUCUGUACCAGUGUGUGGCUUCUAACGCCAUUGGGACCAGCACCUGUCUCUUGGACCUCCAGGUUAUCUCACCCCAGCCCCGGAGCGUCGGAGUAAUCGCCGGAGCUGUUGGCACCGGGGCUGUUCUUGUCGUCAUCUGCCUUGCGCUAAUUUCAGGGGCGUUCUUUUACUGGAGAAGCAAAAAUAAAGAGGAGGAGGAGGAGGAAGAAAUUCCUAAUGAGAUCAGAGAGGAUGAUCUGCCACCUAAAUGCUCUUCUGCCAAAGCAUUCCACACAGAGAUAUCCUCCUCAGAAAAUAACACAUUGACCUCUUCCAAUACCUACAACAGUCGAUACUGGAACAACAAUCCAAAACCCCAUCGAAACACAGAGUCAUUCAACCACUUCAGUGACUUACGCCAGUCCUUCUCUGGCAAUCCUGUUAUCCCUUCAAUCUAUGCAAAUGGGAACCAUGUGGUUUUGGGUCCACAUAAGACUCUGGUAGUUACAGCCAACAGAGGGUCAUCACCCCAGGUCAUGCCCAGGAACAAUGGUUCAGUCAGCAGGAAGCCUUGGCCUCAACACACACACUCCUACACCGUAAGCCAAAUGACCCUGGAGCGCAUCGGUGCCGUACCUGUCAUGGUGCCUGCCCAGAGUCGGGCAGGGUCCCUGGUAUAGGAUGACUGAGGACGCUGUGUUCAGAAGAGAAUAAACGGACUGCCUUCAGGCAAAGGGGAGCGUGGGAUUCGUGAGUGCUGGAAAGAUAAACUUUUGUUACGAUUCCAUUAGCAAAAAGCACAAAGAAGAAGGCUGUGAAGCUGUCCCCUGGCCACUGAGCGUGGGACGUGGCCUGGGGUUAUUCCAUCAUGAAGACUCGAGAAGACUGUUCCCAACCACAGCUGUCCUGAGAUUCAGUUAAAACAAAACAUGCUGCAUCUCAAGAGAUGUGUAAUGCCACGGAGGAUGCUAGAAACAGAGUAGCAUCACCCAAACCGCGGUGCAGCUGGACCCAUUCUUUAAUUCUUGCCUAACUUAAUAAUUAUUUUCCAGACCCUUAAAGUGCCAGGUGGAAUUUACAGAAUUUUUAAAAAAUAGGUGUCCUUAGGGGACAGAAAACAGGAGCAAGCUCGUGGUGUGGGCCGGGCUGCCUCCCCCAGUCCCUUUGAUGACACGAGGGAUGCUUCCAUCUGAGCUGACUUUAUCAUAGAGGCAAAAUUGUUCAGAACACUGGCUAGAGAUGGGGGAAAAUAAGGAAACUUCUUGUGAA